AUGUGUACGUUGUGUAUAGUGAACAUCCCUCGCCGGAGUAGAUCGUUAAUCCAUCAUAGAGCACUUCAUAGCCUGUCCUAUCCAACCAUUGUGUCACACGAAGGCCGUCCACUUGUCUCAGUCAAAUCAGAAGGAGCUGCGACUGCCAAGAAGGUCCAUGAGGUCGCAAGACAUGAUACAAAUCCACCUGCUGCACCCAGCAGAGAACGAAUACAACAACGUCUUGAUGGUCAUGGAGAUAAUUCAAGUGAUGACGAGGAAGAAGAUAUUAUUGUGAGGAUUGAUUCACCAAGCACGCUAUCUUUUCGCUAG